AUGGAUACCAACGAUUCUGUAUGGAUUUGUGUGAAUUUUUUCUCAUUCCAAGCAUAUGAAGUUCGCCUAAGACGAAAUGAAGAGAGAAGUAAAAGGUCUGAGGAUGAUAGAUCUGCAUGUUCGGGUGUUGAGGCAGUAAAGGAUGGCUCUGACGUCAACGAUAUUUUGACGGAAUCCCCUGCUGUCAAGCAGCCCAAUGAUAAAAAACCUAUGAAGAAAAAAGCAUCAUACCGUAUUUUGUCGCAACUGCCAUUGGAGGAUUGGGGUCUACCAGACUCGUGCUUACAAAAAACUGCGGAGGUGGUUGGAAUUCUUGAAAAGAAGAAUUCUCGUUUGGCAACUGGGAAACUGGAGCUAGCAUCGUCAACCCAGCGUCAGUGGGCUAAGUUCUCUCCUAGUGAUUCACGUAUACCCCGCAUGAUGAUCAAUGCAUCUCAGUUGCCCAAAGAUUUCUUUGAUAGGCCUCAGGAUUUCGCCAAGUUUUUGUUCGUUGCAAAGAUUGCUGAAUGGCCGGAGGAUUCUAUCAUGGCAGUUGGAACCCUGGAGAAGCAGCUAGGAUUAGCCGGUGACAUCAAUGCGGAAACUGAAGGAUUGCUGAUAACAAACGAAAUCGAUACACGGGAGUUCUCUGACGAUGUUAUGGCUUGCUUACCUACAGUCCCCUCCGAGGGUUGGCGAAUAGGCGAGGAAGAACUUGCCAAACGCCGCGAUCUCCGUAGUCAUAUCAUUUUCACCAUAGAUCCAAAAACAGCCCGUGAUCUCGAUGAUGCAUUAUCAGUAGAACGUUGUGAUGACGUCAAUGGAGCUGGUCUUUCUGGCUGGGAGGUGAACUUGGUUAUCAGAUGGCGGAUUUUUUUU